ACUAGCUAUGAACGGAACUAGUUAACUCCAAGGGUGAGUCAGCCUUGGCUUUACCGUUUUGUUUUUGCAUCUCUGGACCAAUAGCAAGUGCACAUAUGCGACAAAAAUAGAUAACAACAAUACUAAAUAAUAACAUGAAAGGUGGCACAUUUCGAAACACGCAAUGGGAUCCCACGCUUCUAACAUCACAGAUUGUGUCCAUGCAGUGCUGCGUGUACUUCACACUUGGCCUGCUCGUCUUUAUAGCCAACAAGUUGUCUGGCGACAAUUAUACAUUGGAUCAUCUAUUCGAAUACCAUGAAAUACAUAUAUAUGAUCUGGGUGGGCGGCUGGUUAUCUGCGCAUUUGUCUUGAACGCUUUUGUGGCCUCCUUGGCGCUCUGGUGCAUUGUGCGUCGGGCAAAGCUGUGCCUCGACUUCAGUUGCACGUUCCAUUUGCUGCAUCUGAUAAUCUGCUGGUGGUACAACCGCUCCUUUCCAGCGAGCGCCUCAUGGUGGCUGCUCAAUGUAAUUACAGCGACCAUAAUGUGCAUUGGCGGCGAGUUUCUGUGCCUGCAAACCGAAAUGAAAGAGAUUCCCGUUGGCUACGCUGCGCUCAAUCAAAAAUCAGACGUUUGACUUGACCAACAUAUAGUAACGGUAUCUCCAAUGUGAUUGUGAUGCUAACUAAGCCACCAAUUACUCUAAAAUAAAUGAUACUUGUAAUUUAUUGUUAACAUAGUUUAAGAAUACAAACUAUAUAU